CACAAUGUAGCAUAUUUUCUGCAGCUGAAGCCUCCAGGAUGGCCGGAUCAGGGGCGGCUCUGAGACUGCAUGAGUUCAAGGAGUACCAGGAAAGACGGGACUCUGGCUCAUUUAAAAGACAACCCGAAGCAACACUGAGAGUACCACGUCAGGGGAAGGAUGUGCAAGGUCUGUACCCUGGUCAGCUGGGUAGAAUCCACGUUGUUCACUCUCAGGAUCACAGAGUGAGGUUCGCAUCCUUGGAUUACUCUCCGGGGCCUUACCGUGAACACUAUGAACACUACCCGAGGAGUUUCGACCUCCAGACAUUCCACGCCCUGAACGUUCUACGCCAGAGCACCAGCGCCUCUCAAUGUGCCACUGAGACGGCUUACCAAGAGGAGUUUGGCCUGCAGUCCCACCUCAACCCUCCGGAUAACACUAAGUUUACCCUGUACUCUCACCCUGGGCCUAUGCAACGGUUGGAGACAGGGAGUGAAGAGGAACAUUUUACACCAUGGCAAUCAAACUGAACUCCAUCCAUGAAAAGUAACCAAUGAAAAUGGUGCAUUGCAUGUAUUUUUGUUUGAAUGACAGGUUGUAAAAUCUUGCAUUGCAAUCAUAUAUAUGACUCUAGAAGCAUUUAAUCUCAAGUAAUGGCAAUAUAUAAUGUGUUUAUUAUAUAUACAGUACCAGUCAAAAGUUUGGACCCACCUACUCAUUCAAGGGUUUCUCUUUAUUUGGACUAUUUUUGACAUUGUUGAAUAAUGGUGAAGACGUCACAACACGUGGAAUCACGAAGUGCAAAGCUGUCAUCAAGGCAAAGGGUGGCCAUUUGGUCCAUAUGUGCCAUUUCAAACUUUCAACUGGUACUGUAUAUUUCUAUGAAAGUCCAUUGGCACAAAAAGUGUAAUUAAAUCCAAAAAUGGCAGCAAACACGAAUCAAAUCAAAUCAGUCUUUAUUUAUUUAUAUAGCACAUUUCAGACAUGGAAGCACAGGGGGGGGGGAAUGAAAUAAAUAUAAAUAAAAACAGAAAUAUUUACUAAACAACAAACAUCAGAGGAUAAAAAAAACUAUAUAGAAUAACAAUUAAAAAUUUAAAGCACCCUAAGGAAAAGCAGAGCCAAAAAGAUGUGUUUUAAGAUCGCUUUUAAAUAUGUCCACAGUUUCGGCCCACUCAGGUUCUCUGGCAGGCUAUUCCAGAGUCUGGGGGCAUAGUAACUAAAGUCUGCCUCUCCAUGACUCUUGGUCCUAGGCUUUGGGAUAGUUAAAAUGCCAGUGCCAGAGGACCUGAAGGACAUACUGAGUACAUAACUGUCAUGUCUGGCAUGUUUUGGGGUGCAACAAUCGUGGAUUGAUUUCAAAACCAAAAGAAUAAUCUUUAAAUGAAUUAUAAAAACUCACAGGCAGCCAGUGCAGAGACUUUAA